GACUUACAGCUCGCUGUGAAGUAUUUCAGAAGAAUUGCUUCAGCGACCUGUUAACUAUUAACUGUUAUUCUGCUGAGUUAAAGAGAAACCUUGAGGUGUCCUGUUGGAGAACGUUCAUUCUGAGAGUCACAGAGUGGUGGAUUUUACACUGUUGACAUACAAACCAACUCCAGCCACAAGAAUGAAAGUGUUUAAUUGUCAUUUUAAUAACAUUAGUGUGCACUCAGAACACUUUGGUACCUUUGAUAUACCAUGGUAGUGAAUGAUUACCAUAGUAUUAUUUUCUGUGUGUGUUUCUGUACGUCCUGACCAGCGCUGUCCUGUGUCCUCCGGCUGCUUUUACAUUUGCAUGAUCUGGAUGGAAACCAAAACACUCCAUUUUCAUCAGUGUUCAGUACCUGUGAUUUUCAUUCGUUGAAACGUCUGUGUCUGUUUACAGCCUUCAUCUACUUCUCUCUUUUGUUUGUUUGUGUAUCUGGGUGGGUUAAAUAUUUUCUCAUCGAUGCGCGUAGCUCUGACUUCCCUCUGCAUCUCAUUGUGCUCGUGGUUCCUGUAGGCUUCUGUGUACUGUGAUAAGGCCAGAAGGAAAUCCUGUCUAUUCCCUUUUCACCUCUGGUUUGUUUUUCUUGACCUCUCCCCCCCGAACCCUUUGCUUCUGAUGGAGUUCAAUGCCGCCCGAUGGUGCCAGUUUGGAAUAAAGUCCAGAAAAACCGCCGGUUCAACAGUGCACCGCUGGGCACGACCAUGUGGUUUCCGACAUAAGUCAAAUGGACCAUGGAGGUUCUGUGUUACGGUCUGACGCUCCCGCUGGAUGGAGAUACGGUGAAGUUGUGUGUGGACGUCUACACUGACUGGAUAAUGGCCCUGGUUUCUCCAAGAGACUCAAUCCCGCAGCCCAUCAUCAAAGAACCUAACCUCUACGUUCAGACCAUCCUCAAACACCUGCACAACCUUUUUCUACCCAGACCCGAGCACUUCAGCCUGAUGCACUUUAAAUUGUGUCAGCAAGUGUUAUCUGCCGUGCAGAAGUUGGCACGGGACUCGUCGGGUAUGGCCCGAGAGACGUGGGAGGUGCUUCUCCUCUUCCUGCUCAGAAUCAACGACACGCUACUUGCCCCGCCCACUGUGGGAGGAGGUAUAGCAGAGAAGCUGGCGGAGAAGUUAAUAAGCGUGUUGUUCGAGGUUUGGUUUCUGGCCUGCACGCGCUGUUUCCCCACGCCGCCCUACUGGAAGACCGCACGAGAGAUGCUGGCCAACUGGAGACACCACCCUCCCGUGGUGGAGCAGUGGAGUAAAGUUAUCUCCGCUCUCACUUCCAGGCUGCUGAGGUUCAUGUACGGCCCAUCGUUCCCUCUGUUUAAAGUGCCAGAGGAGGACGCUGGUCUCAUUCCAGCUGAGAUGGACAAUGACUGUGUGUCACAGACGUGGUAUCGCUUUCUGCACAUGCUCAGUAACCCUGUGGAUCUGAGCAACCCCGUCAUAGUGAGCUCCACCCCGAAAUUUCAGGAGCAGUUAUUGGGGGUUAACAGUGUCCCGCAUGAGGUCAUGCAGCACCCCUGUCUCAAACAACUGCCCCAGAUCUUCUUCAGAGCAAUGAGAGGAGUCAGCUGUCUCGUGGACGCCUUCCUCGGUAUAUCUCGCCCGCGGUCAGACAGUGCUCCGCCCACCCCUGUUAACAGGCUCAGCAUGCCGCCGCCCCCAACGACAACUAACACUACACCCCCUCACAACCGCAGGCACCGCCCCACUGCUGUUACCAAGACAACCAGCAAAGCUUCAACGACCAGCCAAACCAAAGUGGCACACCAACCGUCCACGUCGCCUCUCUCCAGCCCAAACCAGACGAGCUCAGAGCCCCGGCCGCUCCCCGCCCCAACCCGACCGAAGGUCAACAGCGUGCUGAAUCUCUUCGGCCAAUGGCUGUUUGACGCCGCGCUGGUCCACUGUAAACUUCACUCGGGUCUGAGCAGAGACAGCAGUAUGACGGCGACAUUUUUCCAAAUUCUUCUUUCUUAUAAAUCUUCCCUGGCGACUCAGGCUGGAGUUGAAUUGAGACGGAAGGGUUCUCAGAUGUCCACGGACACCAUGGUGUCCAACCCCAUGUUUGAUGCAAACGAGUUUCCUGAUAACUAUGAGUCUGGUCGGGCUGAAGCGUGUGGAACGCUCUGUAGGAUCUUCUGCAGUAAGAAGACCGGAGAGGAGAUACUUCCUGUCUAUCUCUCCAGGUUCUACAUGGUUCUCAUCCAGGGCCUUCAGAUAUCAGACUUUAUCUGUAGACCGGUUCUGGCCAGCAUUAUCCUGAACUCUUCAGCUCUCUUCUGCUCUGAUCUCAAAGGCAUCAAUGUUGUGGUUCCAUAUUUCAUAUCGGCGCUGGAGACCAUUCUGCCUGACCGAGAGUUGAGUAAGUUCAAGUCAUAUGUGAACCCCACCGAGCUGAGGAGAGCGUCCAUUCACAUCCUGCUGUCCAUGCUGCCUCUUCCUCACCACUUCGGCAGCGUCAAAUCAGAGGUUCUUCUGGAGGGGAAAUUCAGCAACGAUGAUAAUUCUAUGCAUGACAAGGCGGUCACCUUUCUCUCCCUCAAGCUGCGAUUGGUCAAUAUUUUGAUUGGCGCCCUGCAAACAGAGACAGACUCGAUCAAUACACAGAUGAUACUAGCGGCGAUGCUCAAUAUCGUCCAUGACUCUGCGCUUCUGGAAUCUGUUGGUACUCAGGCUGAAGUGGCCAGUGUGGAUGGCAGUCAUUCUCUGGCCAAGAGCCACAGUCGCAAUAACAGCGGUAUCAGCAACACGAGCGCGGGCAGUUCAGAGGCCACCACCCCAGACAGCGAGCGACCCGCACAGGCCCUGAUGAGAGACUACGCUCUUCACACAGACACAGCGACCGGGCUGCUGAUCCGCAGUAUUCACCUGCUCACCCAGAGACUCAACUCUCAGUGGAGACUCGACAUGAGCAUCUCGCUGGCCGCUCUCGAGCUUCUCGCCGGCCUCGCCAAGGUGAAGGUGAGCGUGGAGUCCUCUGAUCGAAAGCGAGCCGUCAGCUCCGUGUGCAGCUACAUCGUGUAUCAGUGCAGUCGUCCGGCUCCGCUUCACUCCAGAGAUCUGCACUCCAUGAUCGUCGCUGCGUUCCACUGCCUGUGUGUGUGGCUCACCGAACACCCCGACAUGCUCAACGAGAAGGAUUGUCUGAUCGAGGUCUUGGAAAUCGUCGAGCUCGGCAUCUCGGGCAGCAAGUCCAAAACCCCCGAACAAGAAGUGAAGUAUAAAGGUGACAAAGAGCACAACCCUGCAUCCAUGAGGGUGAAGGACGCCGCGGAGGCCACGUUAUCUUGUAUAAUGCAGGUGUUGGGGGCGUUCCCAUCUCCCAGCGGCCCCGCCUCUCCCUGCAGCCUGCUGAACGAGGACACGCUGAUUAAAUAUUCCCGACUCACCUCCGCGUCCCACAGCAACUUCAGAUACAUUGUUCUGGAUAACUCCGUCAUCCUGGCGAUGCUCGAACAACCACUGGGAAAUGAACAGAACCCCUGUCCUUCAGUUACUAUGUUAAUCCGAGGCAUGUCCGGUCGCCACGCGUGGACAAUGCAGCUCUUCCAUCAGCCCAGAGGAGCAAGAGCCAAUCAGAAGCAGGUGUUUGUCCCCGAAAGUCGUCCCACUCCCAAAAACGACGUAGGAAUUCGGUUUAACGUCAAGCACAGACCUUUCCCGGAGGAAGUGGAUAAGAUCCCGUUCGUGAAAGCCGACCUGAGCAUCCCAGACCUGCAUGACAUUGUGGAUAAAGAGCUGGAGCAACAGCAUGAUAAACUUCGAGCCGUGAUGGCCAAACAGAUGGACUACGAGCAGAAGCUGGAGCAUCACACGGAGGAUUUCUGGAGGAACAAACCCUACCCUGAUCCUCUGACAGACUGUAAACCUCCUCCUCCAGCUCAAGAGUUCCAGACCGCUCGACUCUUCCUCUCGCACUUCGGCUUCCUGUCACUGGAGGCGCUCAAGGAGCCUGGAAACAGUCGACUGCCUCCUCACCUCAUCGCUCUCGACUCAUCCGUGUCCGGCUUUUCCGAUGACAUCAGUUAUCUGGACCUGUUGCCUUCCCGACCGUGUGACACCGUCUUUAUCUUCUACAUGAAAGCUGGACAAAAGAGCAGCCAAGAGAUCUUGAGGAACGUGGACUCCUCAGCUAACGUUCAGCCUCAUUUUCUGGAGCUCUUGUUGUCUUUGGGCUGGCCGGUUGAGGUCGGACAGCACCCCGGAUGGACGGGGAGCGUGUUCACCAGCUGGACCAUAAACACACCCAAUGGCACGGAAACACCAGACGACUGUGUGACCCUGGGCGACACGGGCGGCGGUGUGUUUAACGGAGAAAAGCAUGUGCUGUAUUACGCUGACGGACUGACGGAAAUAGCGUUUGUCGUACCGUCUCUGAGCGACUCGUCCGCCGAGUCGUCUGAGAGCAGCUUUCCGACCGCAGACUCCGACUCGCAGAUGGAGCUGUUACCCGCUUUACUAAAACAACACAACCUCACGCUGGAGCUCAACCCCAAUCACUCAGACAACAUGGGCCCGGCACAGCGGUCUCCCACGGUGAAGAGCAGGAAGUUGCCGGCGGGCCGGACGAUACCUCCGUUAGGACCAGACACCAAAGUGUUGGUCGUGUGGGUGGAGAGAUACGAUGACAUAGAGAACUUUCCUGUAUCAGAAUUACUGACGGAGACGAGCACAGGUGUGGAGACGGCAGCUAACAGCACUGCGUCCAGGUCCAGCUCUUCAGAGAAGGACGUCCCUAUAAUCUUCAUCCACCCGCUGAAAACCGGACUGUUCCGAAUCAAACUGCACGGCGCUCUGGGUAAAUUUAACAUGGUCAUUCCUCUGGUGGACAACAUGGUCGUCAGUAGAAGAUCACUCGGGUUCCUGGUGCGAGAGACUGUCAUAAACGCGUGUCGGAGGAAGCGUCUAGAAAGCGACUCUUACAGCCCUCCACACGUGCGGCGGAAACAGAAAAUCUCAGAAAUCGUGAACCGUUAUCGUAAUAAACAACUCGAGCCGGAGUUUUACACCUCGUUGUUUCUGGAGGUCGGUGAGACGAGUCUCAAUCCGUAAAUGCGUGAGGUCGGAGUUUUUGAGCGUCUGUGACGAUGGAUUAGUUGUGUUUUCCAUGUCGACUGGCCAAAUCUCGCAGAACUCUUGCUUCCUCCGUCUUUACCUUAAAAUCCAUUCUUUGUUUAAUCCGUUUCACUGGGGGAUCUCAUGAAAACUUGUACAGGUUCGUUCCUCACCAAAGCCCAAAGAACAUUGAAACGUAUUUAGAAAAUGAAGCUUUUUUUUUUUUAAUUGAUUUUUUUUGCUAUUCGUUACUGUAAUAUCAUAAGGUUUCAGGACAUUUUACUUACAUGCAUAAUGCAUGUGUAUACUGUAUAUACUUGACAAAUAGUAUAUCAUGUUUUGUCUCGCAGUGUAAAAAUCUCAAUAGUUCCAAAGUAAAGUAAAAUGGGACAUUUUUGGGUGAAAUAUGAUGUGGACAAGUUUCAUGAGAUGAACCCAUUACUGUACUUCACAAUGAAUUAUUUCAUCAUGUUUUUCAUACACAUCACUAACUGGAAGCAUUAGCUCAUCGUCACAGAAAGUCAUUUCCUCCACAAACACGAUUACAAAGAAACACUCAAAUCCACGUCAUGUCGGCCUCCAGUCCCCCCCACACACACGUUAUGCGUGUCAUUCUUAUUACACGUGUCGUCCAACAUAAACUUCAGUCUGCUCACCUCAUUCUUCCUCUUCUGAAAAUCUUUCAGUUUAUUCAUAAUGAGAAAUAGAGGUGUCGAGACAUUAAGAUUUAUUGUGUGGCAUCUCAACAGACAGUGGAGUAGGAUUAUGAGGGAUUUGACCAUACAACAGACCGCACAAACUACUGAGUUUUCACCUGGUGCUCGGAGACGCUGCGUGACUUUGAACCAGGAUUCAUUUCUCUUAAAGAACAUGUAAGGGCUUUUCAUUUAUUUUAUCGUCUUUUUUGUAUACAAAUGUCUGCUGGAUGUCAAAAACACUGUUACACACAUUUAUUUUUCCUGCAUUUUCAUUUGCCAAUAUCUUUUUGUUUAUUUGAGGCUUUGCUGUCAAGCGACACUGAAUUCAUCCAAACUGACAUGUUAACUUGCUCAGCAAUCCGUACGUCUUGAUUUUGUACGUUUUCACAACACGAGCACUGUAGACAUAAGGGAUAUGAAAUGUUACUCUUCUCGGUCAACUAUGUUUGUUCCGUUAUUAUGUGAAUGUAUUUCUGUACAGCACAUCGUGUGUUGUAAAAGAACAUUUCACCCACACAAACAGGCAGUUUUGAUCCGGUUGUUCAUCAUGAUUCAAAGCAGACUUGAACAUCAUGUGUCAUUUUGUGGUCAGAAGACUCAAUAAUUUCUGUCCCCUUUUCUUCAUUUUGUAAGAAGAGAACUGUAAAGACCUACAUGCAGCAUUGAGGAUGUUCAUGUGGUUGGUCGGAGGCGUCGCUUUCCUCUUUCGGUGUGUAAAUAUUGGCGACGUGGACUUUGUAUAAAGUUUGACUUUGUAUGUAAAUAUGCGGGUGUGAAGUCGAGCUCACUCAUCUUAUACUAUUGAUUAGAGACAGCACAGCAAACGAAAGCUUGUUUGUAUUUAUGCCUCAUAUAUGUGUCCAAAACAAACAUUGGAUAUUGAAUGUAACACAUGUAAUGAAAUAAAGAUUUUAAUUAAAUUCUUAUCAUAAAA